AUGGUUACUCCCCCGUUCGGAUACGUAUACGAUGAGAGAAUGCUAGAGCACGAGUGCGGUUAUGAUGAUACAAUGCGAGAAUGUCCGGAGCGAAUGAUUCUCAUACAUGAACGCCUGAAGCACGAUGGUCUUUUAGAGAAGGCAGUCAAGGUUAGCCAAAUGUGGAUGUUUAAUAUGUCCGAAUGAAC